AUGAUGAGCCAGUACACUAUGGCACAACCAGAUCAUGCCUACAAGUCUUCAACAAUGUCCAACAGUCCCUGGAAUGCAGCUCGCAGCUCAUUUACCGAUCCCUCGGUACAUGGCAGUUUCGACAAUGGCUUCUACUCAGCACAAAGUGUCAGCUACUCAGCAAGCAACUAUAACCUAGCUGGCGGUCUGCCCAUUGGUACUGGCGGCCAUUUGUCGCGACCCGAGUCAACCUAUCCCGCUGGUCCAUCAUACAGCGCCCGUCCUGCUUCAGGAUCAUACGGAAAGCCUGUCGUCCAUGGCUCAUACAAGGGAGCUACCUCUCAGUCCUGGGAGAACCAUGAUCGAUACUCACCCACCGACUCGGUGGACGAUAUCAUCGCAUCACCUAACCUAUCCGACUACUCCCUGGAAAAUGGGAUGAGCAACUCUGCUCCCGGAGGAAAGUCAAAGUCAUCUGGCAAAGGUCGAUCGCAAAGACGUCCCUCAAACCGUGACGAGUUUGACGGUCCUCAUCAAUUCUUGCAGCGACCACCUCCCGAUGUCAUUGCUAUGCAGGAACGUGAACUUCCUCACCUGCCUACGAACCUUCAUGUCCAAGAGCAGGACAGUGUUUUGAGCCAGGUCAAUGACCGGCUAUCGCAAUGCGCAUACGAUUUCGUUGCCAAGUAUCAGUUUCCGAUUCCUCUCACUCAGGACAUGAGGCCUGUUGAGCGACCUCAGGAUCGAGAAUGGACCGAGUGGGUUUACCUCCUCAAGCGCCUCGCAACAAAGCGACGCAUCCCAGCGCGAGUGCUCUACAAUGGGCAGAUCAAGCAGUUUGUCACAAUCCUCGAGAACUCACUCGAGAUGCGACACGCCGCUAAGCACCAGAGUCGCCCUCUCAAGGACGACCGCAACAUCCUUCAGCUGAUCUCGGCUGGUAUUCAGGUGGCCAAGAUCCUGAAGGAUGCGUCGGCGAUGGACUACCUAGACCGACUAUACGUUUCUACAGACAAGCAGAUCCAGGAUCGUGCCGCAGCGCGGUACCGAGCUUAA